AUGCACUUGGACGCCGCCACGGGCAUGCCCUGGCUCGAGGUCGCGAACCCGUACCUCGACACCUCCGUCACCGCCCAUGAGCUCGGCCACGGGCUGCACUACCACCAGAAGACGUGGACACCGCCGGCAGCGGAAACUACUACCAGGCGCGACACUUCUUCGCCUACGUCACCAACGACCCGAACAAACUUCGUCGGCCUGGGCUGCGACGUGCUGCGCCAGCUGAUGGUGCGGUGCAGCCCCAAAUUUAACAAGACGUCACUGCACACCCUCCAGCACGCCUCCACAGGCGCCUCCAGCGCGAGCGUCGUGGGGAAGUCUCAGGCGUGCAUGGCGUACCUCGACAUCGGCCACCGCCAGGCGUAG